UCAAUCAGUGCCGGUCCUAGGAAAUCUUAGACUAAUAGCAAAUUUUUAAAAAGGCCAUUUUUCUGAGAUUCGAAUCUAGGUUAGGGACAAGAGAAGUUAGUAACCUUGAGAUUUUACCACUAGACCAAAUUUUGAAAUUUUGUGGCUGAGAUUUUUCAGCCAAUGCUUGAUUCAAUGAGGGUUUUCAAGUAGACCCGAACUGUAAGUUGUGCAACUAUAACGAGACGCAAGACCAUGAGUUCUUUAUGCGUUCUGAUAAUAAUAUGUAGACAAACCCAACCUUCCAUUUCCUUCCAGCGAUAUUCACGCUAAACUAGGGGUAAAAGCGGCAUCAUACACUACACAGACCUAAUUUGUCACCCUUUUUAUUUUCUCGCUUGUUGGUAAGGUAUUUGGACAUUUCUUGGCUAGGUUGUUAUUUGUUAAGUGUCGCAAUAAAACCCGAAAAGUCAUCUGCAGAAAGAGCCAAUAUCUAAAGCCUAGACUGGUUUUGGAUGCUUUUGUGUUAUGCCGAUGUGUCGCCAUCGGUCAGAUGACUCAGAUCAACAUGGAAAGAGACAUAUAACGAUAAAUUGAAAAGAAAGAAAAAUGAUAAAAUGCCUACGUAGAGAGUGAUUACGUCAUUGUUAAUGCAAAAAAAUGUCAUAGCACACACAUACACUAUAAGCUUUCUGGUGAGAGAGAUAGAACAGAGAGCUUAUUAUCCUGAAGCAAAUAAGAUUUGAAAAGAGAAUCGGACAAAGAAAAAUAAUCGUAAUGAAAACCUUAGAGAAGAAGAAAAUAUAUUUAACGAUUCUGCUCCAACCCUUAUCAAAAUUUUAGAUUCUGCUGUAUUCUUCUUUGUUCUGUAGAUGGUUUCUCUUGGAAAUUUCUGAGCAAACUAGAGAAACCUUAACCACAAAUGUUUUUUUUCCUAUAGCUUUGUUGUGAAGUUUCUACCCAUCCAUAAUUUUAUUUUUCUUUUAUGGUAAAAGGUACAUACAGUUCCCAAAUUUCCAAUAUGUGUUUUAAGAGCUUGUUCUUUUUGUUAUAACUUUCAACCACUAUAUACACCUGAUUUUUAAUUCUUUUGUUGAAUUUUGACUUUUUGAAAAGUAAACAUGGUAAAACAAGGGAGAAGAAUCAUGCAUGACGAUUCAUGAUUUUUAUGAGAAACAAUUGUCACAUAGUCUAGUCUAUGCAACCAUUCUAGUUAUGCAAUACAGCACUGAGACAUGGAUACCAUUUGUUUUAUCGUUGAUUCUUUGAAUAUAUUGAAAACUAGUAACUGUGAGAUUAGUGAAAAGUUGAAAUGAAAUGAAGUAAUCAUAAGCUGAAUAUUUUAUUUAUAAUAUAUACAAAAGCAAUAGAAAAUUUUAAAACCAUAUCAAGGAGUUAAUAAAUACUUGAAUACUAUGCAAAUAUCUCGUUGCAAUAUGAGUUCUUUCCCUGUAAGAGAAAAUUCAUUCUCAAAUAUCAGUUUUGAUAUUCAUCUUCCGAUUGUUCAACUAGUGCCUUCUUUAGUUUUCUCCAAACUUCUCAAGAAUAAAAAGUUUUACGCACAAUUAACCAAUUUUAUCAUACUUCCAAAAUCUAUUUUCCAAUAAUGAUAUGUUACACUUGCUAUGAUGAGUAGACAUGAAACUCAACAUAUGAGCUAAAUGGAAAGUUUGAACUUUUCUAGUCCUUCUCCUUUCGAAGAUUGAAUAACUCUCUCUAUCAUUUUGUUAAAUGAGAAAUAUCAUUCAUUAUCAACAUAAAAUAGAGCUUCAGAAAUUUUCUGAUUUUCGCAAAUUAAAGAUUCUCAUAUUAGGCAAAAGAGUAUUCAUCCGUGGGAUAUUAAAAAGAAGAUUUGUCAAAAAAUAAUAGUUCAUUUUUAAAUUUCCGCUAUUUUUUCCAGUAAAUCUUUUCUCUUUCUUUUGCCAAAAAAAAAAAAAUGUUGAAGUGUUAAGAAACUUCUGAAAAUUAACGUCUCUUUACAUAUUCUCCAUUCUGGACUAAAACGAAAAACCCUAAAGCUAUAGCUAAAAGAGAAGAAAAAUCUCCAUUCAAUAUUGAAAGGCCAAAGGAAGAAGUUGAACCAACAUUAGUGUUAUAACUUAUAAAUAGAGAAACAAAACGAAAACAAAUAUUUACUACAGUUGAUACAAGAAUCUCAUUUUUUAGUGACAGAAUAUUCCCCUAGAUCCUCUAUUGAUCCUCCCGAUUCUUCUUUGAUAUAGUGGUUUCUCAAAUGGUUUUACAAGAAUACCACUAGCUUGCUUGUUCUCAUAUGAAAAUAUAAUUUAUGUCCAGGGUGGACCCAUCAAAAGAGAUGAAGGAGACCAAAGAAAAGAGACAAAAGGGCUUACGUGUAGAGGGACGACGUCAUUGUGAAUGUCGCAAACGUCAUAGCACGCACAGGGACACUCACUUCCGGGGCAGAGAAGAGAGAGAGAGGGAGGGCAUAUUAUUUGUGUAAAGCACAGACUUCGGAGUCAACAUUCAUUAUAUUUUCAAAAUAAAAAACAGAAAGAAAUCAGUAGAAGAAAAAUAAAUUCAAAGGAUCUGACCAAACACACUAACUUCCAAACAUAACCCUUUAAGAACAUCUCAGUUGUGUUGAACAAAAAAAAGGGGGUAUAUAUCUCAGUUGUCAACAGUUUUUUUGUGUUCUAUAGGUAGUUUCUUGGAGCAGGAACCUUCUCGCCAAAGAUGAAAGUCUUCUUAUGGUCCAUGGUGCAAAGAGCUCUUCCUUUGGGGGAAAACCUACAGCGAAGAGGAAUCACAUCAGACGUAUCGUGCCCACACUGCAAGGCAACGGAAACAUCAAUCCAUACUUUCUUCUUGUGCCCGUUCGCUCAAAAGGUUUGGGAAAAGAUCCCCCUGCAUCAUACAGUUCACAUAGCUGCAGACGACACUAUUGAAACCAUCCUGUCCAAGUUCCGUAACACGAUAUGCCUACCACCCUCAGGAGUAUCAUCUCCUAUAUUCCCCUGGACCUGUUGGACCAUAUGGACAACAAGAAAUAAGUUAAUCUUCGAGAAUCUAUCCUCUAGCCCUGAAGAGAUAGUCGCAAAAAGCAUAACUUUGGCAAGAGAGUGGAGUACGGCUCAAGCAAAGGAACCAAAGCAGAACACCACGUUCCCUGGACAAACAACGCGACAAGGACAAGAACCUCCGAGGUAUCGACCACUCCCCCCCGAUACGAUCACUUGCAAGACAGACGCAUCGUGGGACAAAACAACAAGGAGAGCAGAACUAGCUUGGAUCUGUUCAGGAAGCGAAGGGAACACCAUACAACAAGGCACUGAGUUACAAGAAUCCGUCGCUUCACCCCUCGUGGCUGAGGCUCUCGCUGUUAGAUCAGCAAUCAUCGCAGCAACAUCAAAGGAGAUCAAAAACCUUCGAGUGUUGUCUGACUCUUCAACGCUCAUCAGAGCUAUUACCACCAAUCGACAGGAAAAGGAAAUCUUCGGAAUCGUCUUCGACAUAUCCAACAGAUCUUUUCUGUCUUUCAAUCUAUCUCUUUCGAUUAUCUACCUAGGGCUCAAAAUUUGCAAGCCGAUCGCUUAGCAAAAGAAACUCUUCGUUCUUCUUUUUCUGCAUGUAUCGGGCCUCUAGUGGGCUAAACAAAUCUUCGGGGUUUUAUUAAUAUAU